AUAUCAUUCUAGUUAACUAAAAAAUAUUGUUACAAUUCCACCUAGAAUUAACUCUGCCCCACAGCUAGAGGCAGAAUGACUCUACUCUCUCCUGCUCUUUCUCAACUUUGUCGCCGUCCGGUUGUACCUUUCCUCUCAGUUUUCAAAACCCCCGAUGAACAGACUUUCCCCGGACGGCGGUGGCGACGAUGGCAACGACGGGUCUGAAUCACUUGCAUCUCCCUUAUUGCUCCCACAGCGUUCCCUCAUCAAUUCCACCUCACAGGUCGCCCUCGUCGGCGCCAAUGUCUGCCCGAUCGAAAGCCUCGACUACGAAAUCGCGGAGAAUGACGUGUUCAAGCAGGACUGGAGGUCUCGCGGGAAGAAGCAGAUGUUCCAGUACUUGUUCAUGAAGUGGUCGCUCUGUUUUCUUGUUGGGUUGAUUGUUAGCCUAAUUGGGUUCUUCAAUAAUUUGGCCGUCGAGAACAUUGCUGGAUUGAAGUUCGUGGUCACUUCCAACAUGAUGCUCGCCGGGAGGUUUAAGAUGGCAUUUUUCCUCCGGCUGCCGCCGGUUUCUGGUAUACCGGAGGUGAAGGCUUACCUCAAUGGUGUGGAUGCUCCAGGAAUCUUAUCUUUGCGCACUCUGUUUGUCAAGGUUGUUGGAAGCAUCUCAGCUGUGUCAGCAUCUCUUGUAGUUGGGAAGGCAGGGCCAAUGGUCCACACAGGCGCCUGCGUUGCAUCUUUGCUCGGCCAAGGUGGCUCCAAGAAGUAUGGCUUAACAUGGAAAUGGUUGAGAUUCUUCAAGAACGACCGUGACAGGCGAGACCUCGUGACCUGUGGAUCGGCAGCUGGAAUAGCUGCUGCCUUCCGCGCCCCUGUUGGCGGUGUGCUCUUUGCUCUCGAGGAAAUGGCAUCAUGGUGGAGAAGUGCCCUAUUGUGGAGAUCUUUCUUUGCGACGGCUGUAGUUGCCAUAGUUCUCCGCGCCUUGAUCGAUGUGUGUUUGAGCGGGAAGUGUGGUUUGUUCGGCAAAGGAGGGCUCAUCAUGUUCGACGUCUAUUCAGCAAGCAUCACUUACCAUCUUACUGACGUCCCUUCUGUGCUUCUUCUUGGAGUCAUGGGAGGCAUUUUGGGAAGCUUCUAUAACUUCCUGCUAGAGAAAGUCCUUCGAAUGUACAACUACAUCAACGAGAAAGGCACAGUCUACAAGAUCCUACUAGCUUGUCUGAUAUCAAUAUUCACAUCAUGCCUCCUCUUUGGAGUCCCAUGGCUCGGCUCAUGCCAGCCAUGUCCACCCGAUGCAUUGGAGGCCUGUCCAACGAUAGGCCGGUCAGGCAACUACAGGAAGUUUCAGUGUUCGUCUGGCCACUACAAUGAUCUCGCCAGCCUCAUCUUCAACACCAAUGAUGACGCCAUUCGUAACCUCUUCAGUAGGAAUACUGACUCCGAGUUCCAUGCCUCCUCAGUACUCGUCUUCUUCCUUAUCUGCUGCGUCCUGAGCAUCCUCAGCUACGGUAUCGUUGCUCCGGUUGGUCUAUUUGUCCCUGUCAUAGUCACUGGUGCAUCAUAUGGCCGGUUUGUCGGAAUGCUGUUUGGCGGUCGACCCCACUCGAGCCUCAACCAUGGCCUCUAUGCUGUUCUGGGAGCUGCAUCAUUCCUUGGUGGAUCAAUGAGGAUGACAGUUUCUCUAUGUGUGAUCCUUCUCGAGCUCACAAACAAUCUUCUGUUACUGCCAUUGAUAAUGCUGGUUCUACUUAUCUCUAAAACUGUUGCUGAUGCUUUCAACGGCAAUAUCUAUGACUUGAUCAUGAAGGCGAAAGGGUUGCCGUAUCUCGUGGCACACACUGAACCUUACAUGAGACAACUGACGGUUGCUGACGUGCUCUCCGGUCCUCUUUGGACAUUCCACGGAGUUGAGAAGGUUGGAACUAUUGUUCAUGUAUUGAGGAUCACUAGGCACAAUGGAUUCCCUGUUGUUGACGAAUGUUCCCAGGACGAUUCACGAGUGCUUUACGGGUUGAUCCUUCGAGCCCAUCUCGUUGAGCUGCUAAAGAGGAAGGACGGUUUUAUGUCAACAUCAGCAGAGAGCAGAGGCGGCGGCGUGGAGUUCUCAGCUGCCGACUUCGCGAAGAGAGGGUCGGGGACUCGGGACACCAUUGAUGAUUUGGAGAUUAGUGCAGAGGAGAUGGAGAUGUACGUUGACUUGCAUCCUUUUACGAAUGCUUCUCCAUACACUGUUGUGGAGACGAUGUCGCUUGCCAAGGCUCUUGUUCUGUUCAGACAACUCGGGUUAAGACAUCUCUUGGUUAUCCCCAAGAUCACCAAUAGAUCACCUGUGGUAGGAAUCUUGACGAGGCAUGAUUUCAUGCCAGAACAUGUACUGGGAUUGCAUCCAUUGCUAUCAGGAGCAGAUGGAAGAGGUUGAGGUUGCAGGUACCACGGACUUUCAGCAUCUUCUGAAGAUGAUCUGAUCGUCAAUCAACCAGAAAAGUUGUA